ACUCGUAGCAUUUUUUUCAUAAAAAGUAUACUUCUAACAAAUUUAUCACGGGCUCAAGUGGAGCUCCCAAGUCCCAAUGAAGCAUUCUCCUCCUUCCUUCCGCCGCCCUGCCUCCGCCGCCGUGGCCGCAUCCGUACCGUUCAUGUACCGUCUUCCCCAACCAGGCGGCGGCAGAGGCCUAGGUCUGAGAAGUUACUCCGAUCGGCCGUCUGGAGAUGAACAGGGACGCCCUCAAGUACCCGGCGGCUACGAUUACCGGCCCGUACAAGACCCUAAUCGAGGGUUUCGACCAUCGUACUGCCCCGGAGGCAAUUUGAAUUUCCCGCCUCAACAGGGGCCUUAUCGUCCGCCUCAACCUUCUUUCAGCCAUUAUCCUCCUCCAAAUUUAUACUCUAAUCAGCAAUUUUACAGGCCAUUGCCUCCUCCAAUUAAUGAUCAGCAGUUUAGCAGACCUGUGUACCCACCACCAGGUGGGCCACCUUUUUAUCAGAAUCAACAGUUCAGGCCAACAUCACCCAUUAAUGAGUUCCGCCCGCGUCCGAGACCUCCCAAGGCUUUGAAUUUCCGGGUUUGGGAGCAUGCUAAAACCGAACCUCCUUCUAAUUGUGACCGAUUCACUGUUCUAUCAUAUAAUAUUCUAGCUGACUACCUUGCAACCAACCAUGGGAGGAAGCUUUACUUUCACAUACCUCUGCAUAUUAUGGACUGGGAGUCGCGUAAGAGAAGUAUUGUUUUUGAACUUGGACUUUGGUCAGCUGAUGUACUUUGUUUACAGGAGGUUGACAGAUUUCAGGACUUGGAGGCUGAAUUGCAGUUGCGUGGAUACAAAGGAAUAUGGAAGAUGCGGACUGGUGAUGCAGUGGAUGGGUGUGCAAUAUUUUGGCGUGGUUCUAGAUUGAAGUUGCUUCAGGAAGAUUUCAUUGAAUUCAAACAGCAUGGUCUUCGUGAUAAUGUUGCCCAGAUAUGUGUAUUUGAGUUAUUGGAUCCUCAUGCUUGUCGCAGUAGCACAACUUCCACUACAUGCUCAUCAAAUACUAAUAAAGUUGUAAUAUGUAAUAUUCACGUGCUUUUCAAUCCUCGAAGGGGUGAGAUGAAGCUUGGACAGAUAAGACUGCUUCUUGAUAGGGCUGAUCAAUUUUCAAAACUUUGGAAUGGUGCUCCAGUUGUAAUUUGUGGAGAUUUUAACAGCACACCCAAGAGUCCGCUUUACAACUUCAUUGCUGAACAAAAGCUGGACAUAUCAGAAGUAGCUCGAGAUAAGGUUUCUGGGCAGGAGUCUGGAACAUUAUAUUCACCAAAGCCCUCACCUUCUGUAAAGAGGGUCCCUUAUUCAGCGGACUUCGUUAAAGGCUUUACAGUCUCACACGAAGGAGAAGGCGGAGAGAGAUGUUCCAAAUUAGAUGUAAGCACAUGCUCUCCAGAAAUUGCAUCAGGAGACGGUUUUUCCAGAGUUAGCAGAUGCCAAGCUCAGAAUUCUAUAGUAAAUGAGUCCGGUGCAUCAAUUGUGGGUCUCCACUUUGAAGAUAAAAUUCAUAAAAGUACAGAGGCAACAAUAGAAGAUUUCCACGCUUCCCACAGAUCUCCCUCUGUUCCUCUCAGUGCCUCAAAGGAUAGUCAAUAUAUCUCUCGUAAUGAAUAUUCAAUAUCAUCAACGUUCGAUGAAGACCGCUCUAAGACUAUUGAAAGCAGGCAUGGUGAAAAUUCCAGCUCAGAUGCUAUAUCAAACUCACACAUAAAUAUUUUGGAUCCAGACACACAUUCAGAUCUUGAGUCAAUCUGCUACAAGGAAGAAGGGUCUAUUGGCGAAAAUCAUCCUAGAAAUGAAAAUAAUGAUAAGAAUAUGGAGCAUUUAUCACUGGAUAGGGUGUUUGGAGGGGCAGCAGAUCAGUCUUCUGGUGAAGACUCUGAAAUAUUUAAGUCUGAGAUAUGUGGUGCAUCUGAUAUCUUUUCAUCUGAAUCCACUGACUUUCAAGUAUCUGAGUUAAAAGAAUUAGAUGAACAGUCUAAGCCAUCUGCCGUUUCUCACAGCGAAAAGUCACUUCAGUUAGGGGAAGAUUUCCUCAAUGAUUACCGUGAUGCUGAUUUUCAGGCCACUUAUGAUCCAUCAGCUUGGACACCAAUGGAGAUUCAAACCGCAACAGGAAGUGUUGAUUGCACAAUAAUGGAACACCCUUUUAAGCUAAGCAGUGUUUAUCGAGAUGUUGAGGAUGUCACAGGAACAAGAGAUUCUAUCGGGGAACCUGAGGCUACCAGUUACCACCGCUGCUUCCUGGGCACAGUUGAUUAUAUAUGGCGUUCUGAAGGUCUUCAAACGGUGAGGGUGCUUGCUCCAAUUCCAAAACAGGCCAUGCAGUGGUUCCGGGGAUUCCCCACAAAAAAAUGGGGAAGUGACCAUAUUGCAUUGGUGUCUGAGUUGGCCUUCACCGGAGAACGUUACCCUGCCAAGUAGUCGGCACUGCACCCUCUUGCCGGCAGUUUCUGCUCUUCAUAACUCUUAUUCAGAGCUUUUUGUACAGGUUUUUCUUGAACUAUACUCUCAUUAAACUCCACCUUUCAAAAAUUCAGAUUUUCAUAGAGUGACUGACUGUCCAAUUUUUCAUUCAGAGGUUUCAUUUAUAUUUAUGAAAUGAAUAGGCCGAGCGAUCAUUGAGAUUACUCCGUACUAUGGUAUUGUCCGCUUUGAGUCAAGUUUUCACGGGUUCGUGUUUGGGCAUCUCCCAAAAGGCUUCAUACUAAUAUAGUUAGGUCGAAUUU